UGCAACUAUUGCACUCCAACCAGUGGCAGUGGUCAAUGCAUCGAAGGCCAAGAUAACCACUGUCUCUUACAUCUCACAAACCCAAAAGAGUGCCCAGAUGCUCCAUCAUCCAUUCGCAAUGAAGCUCACAAGGUCUUGAUGCAGAAAGGUGUUGCAAUUGGCCAGACAGAAGCACCACUUUUCCAUGACACACCAGCUUCGGAUGUUGCUGAAACAAAUGGUAACGGUAAUUCUCAAUCUGAUGUUGGGACAAGCACUGUCAUCAAAAAACGGAAGGCUGGCGUGGGUACACUCAAUAAUUAUGUUGAUCACACAUUGACUCCUGUGCAGCGGGAAACUGCAAAUAUCAAGCUGUUUCGCUAUGUAGUUCACAGCAACAGUCCGUUUUCUGUCACCGAAAAUCCAUACUUUCUCGAAUUUAUCGACUACAUUCGGCCGUCAUAUAUUCUUCCCACACGUUAUGUCUUA